CCCGAACCUUUCUUCUGAACCAGCCUAUAGCAGGCUCAGACAAAUUCAGGAUUCCCUACUGAGUGACCUGUUUUCUAUAUACCGAGAUGAAUCCCUCUACGUCUAUGGCUACGCUUUCCGCCAGUAUAUCUGCUCUAGCGGAUCCACCACCGAAACUAAUGGACGGACCAGCAAUGGACUACUUCGUCAUUGAAAUGGUCAAUACCCUACGUGAAUCUUCAUCCGUCGCCAUUUCUAGAACCAAGAAGAUAGAGCAAGAGAUGGUUGAAGCAGGCCUUCUUCCGCCCCCUGGUUCUGCGACAGCUACUGCAACGACGAAACGCGAGUCUGCACGAGAUUCAAUGUCUAGCACACCGAGAUUGGAUGGCGGUAAAGGCGAACUAAGUGAGGAGGACGAAGCUCUUAGACAGAGGUUAGAGUCAAUUGGGAUGCAUGUCGGUGCAAACGUCGCCGAACGACUAUGCCAUGAUCGCGCUUUGUUCUCAGACACUCUGGAUGCUAUCAAAUUCAUCUGCAAGGAUUUGUGGGUAGCAUGUUGGGAUAAGCAGGUUGACAAUUUGCGUACGAAUCAUCGAGGUGUAUAUGUACUGCAAGACAAUACAUUCAAACCAAUAUCUCGUCUAUCUAGCUGGGAAGGUCGAGCUGAUGCACUAAGACGAGCAAAGCUGUAUGUCGCUAUGCCAGGUGGUAUCAUUCGGGGCGCACUAGCCAGACUAGGUUUCCAAGCAGCCGUAGUGCCAGAGCUUUCGUCUUUACCCCAAUGUACAUUCCAAGUGAAGUUACCCAAGGGCUCAUAGACUGUGACCUCUUUGCGGUUAACUUCGGAGAAGAAUUCCCUGCAGGUGCUCCUAUGAUUGUACAAAGUCCCGAAGUUGAUACAGCAAGACACGACCGCGAGUAUUCCCAAUCGCAACAUACUCGCUUCCUGUCGAGAAGUCGAUGCUAGUAACGUGACCUAGCGGUGUACCGGACGUUGGCCAAUUCGAGAACGCCGUGAGGGAUGGUAGAUGGACCUAAUGCAAAAUAGUUCGUCUAGUUGUGAAGGAGACAGACGAUUAGAAGGAAGACCUACCAUACGCAUCUGGUCCUUUUUGGCAUUGCUCGCCAUCGCAAGCAGUUGCGAGUCAUGGUUGAAGCGGAGGGAUGUGAUAGACGUUGUGAGGUUCUCAAGAGUCUUCAGUGGCUUUGGUCGGUCUGACCCGCCUGAAGAACUUAUGUCUGAACCGUACACGUUCACUAGACCAUGUCGAGAACUAAAGUGUAGAGUUAGUUAACAAAAACAUAUCAAUGCAUGAAAGGGAGAGGCGUACCCAAUACCAAGAUAUCGUCCUGACUGAUCCCCCGCUAUAAUAUUACUUCCAUACCC